GGCACCCGGCGUCGUGAUUGGGUUCCGCCGUUGGAAGCGGUUACCGUCGUCGUCGCGCCGUAGUUUGGCGGAGAGGCGCGGAGCCCGAGGGGGUGCGGUGCGGUGCGGAGCGGAGCGGCCGCUGCGGGAGAAGGCGGCGGGGGCCCGGCUACCCCUGCACACAGCGCCCGGCUCCGGGCGGGGAUCGGCAGCUGCUCCGCGCUGCGCUGGGAUGGAUCCCGAAAUCCCUUCCUCCGUUCUCCCGGAGGGGAAAUUCCUCCCUCCUGCCCACGGGGCGGGGGGCUGGCGUGUAGCCGGGGCUGGACGUGAAGGUCACUGCUUAGCGGGGAGAUGGAUGGGGGAAGAAAGGCAGUAACCUCACUCGUUCGCUCCCCCGUCCCCGUGCUUCGGGAAGGACGGCCGGAAAGCAGAACCUGCGAACGCGCCGAUGGGUGUUGCCGGUCCCGCUGUAGGCUGCGGGACGCGGAGGGGAGAAAAGUUGGGCAGAGCCGCGGCGCGGGGCCGCUCCUCGGGCGGUGAUCGCUUCGUGCCGAGCGGCUCCGUGCGGAGCCAAUUACCAGCCGGAUUUUUUUUUUCUUCUAUUUCUUUUGUGUGAGACUGGGGGGAAGGAGGGGGGGGGAAGAGGAGACGAGGCUAUUGACUACAUCAAAGGUUAUCCAUUUGAAAACACCGUUUUCCUCCGAACAGCGGCUAAUUGCUUCCUGAACAAUCUCAGGGUCUUUUGUAUAUACUCAGUGGGUAAAGCGAGCGGCGCGAUGUCUGUCUCAAGACACCGAUGACCGAAUGCGGUGGAGGAGCAGCGGGGCUGAGCCCGGCGGGCUGUACGGGCGUUCCUGGGGGGGUUGUAAGGAGGAGAGGGGAAGGGAGGGAUGGGUGCCGCCGCCGGCAGCGGAUGCCGAAGUGCGGGGCCGUGUGGGUGGCGCGGAAGUUUGGGCUCCGGAUCCGUAGUCGGGGAAUGAGGGAGGGAUGGAUGGGCGAAUCGCAGGCUGCGUGUGCCAGGCUGCGUCCCCGUGAGCUGCGCGGUGACAUUCCGUGGCUGGGCUCUGUGUCCCCAAUGGGAGAUGGUUGGUAUCUGUGCUCUGCCGCGUUCCAGAAAUCCAGGUUUUGGUGGUGUUGUGUUUGUUAGUGGGGUUUUAUUGGGGCCGCUUGCAGCUGGAGCCCUUCUGUAGUGAGCCUCGAGGGUUUCCCUUCUUUAUUUUAUAGACGCGUGAGGUUUGGAGUGGAGCACGUAGCUCGCUGUGCAAAGACAAAGCGCUGCCCUGCGGAAGGCAGAGGGCCCUGCGACACACAAACAAACUCCUCCGAACUCGGCCGGGCGCUGCCGAGAUGGCAGCGGGUGACGGAGCCGUGCUGCCGUGUGCCGCCAGGCCGCUCCCUCCUCCGGCAGCUGCAGCGCUGCUGGCACGGAGCUGCGGGGCCAGGCGGUUCCUCCCCGGGGUUUGCCACGUUCAGCAUCCCUUGUGUGAAGGGACCAAGGGUUGGGCUUAACGAGGGAGGCUUGUAAGCAUUGCUCCCCGCGCUCGGUGCAUGUCGGGGGCCUUUGUUGCUGCCCAGGAGCUGCAGCGUUUGCUGGCAGGCAGCGCUGAGAUGUGUGCGUGGAGCAGCCCAGUGCUGCAGUGCUCACACCACCAGGCUCCUGAGAGCGGGUAGCGCUGCCCGCAGCAUCCACCUGCAUCCCGCCUGGCUUUGUCUGUGUGCAGGGUGCUGCCGUCACUCCUGUCCCCAAGCAGCAGGGUGGCUUCGGCAGCCCUGGCAGUGCAGAAGAGCUGCUGCCUCUCUGUGCUGCAAUGGGGAGCUGAGCAUGGGGCACGUAUGCUGUCCUUGCUGAUUGCUAGGCUCUCUGCGAGCUUGUGUUCUGCACGGCUGGUGAGAUUAUGCCUACGGAAACCUUGUUUGCUGCCCUGUGCUCUGUGAGUGUCUCCUGUGCGCUGUGUCGUUAGGCAGUGUGUGCUGUGCAGAGGCUCAGGGAGCUCUGGGCUGGUCCUGGGCAAUGAGUUGCCCUGUAGGGUGUGCUGGACAGGGCUGCAGCCCUUCUCCUGGCAGAGCUGAGCUGUGAUGCCCACUGAAACCUGUGCUGAGCUGAUGGGAACUGGGGGGAGCCACCUCCUUCCUUCAUGGUGUGCCCUGGCUAUGCUGUGGGAUCGCACUCCAUUGUGGAUUCAUGGUGGAAAUGCAAGAUCUGGCACUGCUUUGGACCCUCAGCCUUGGCUGUGUGCAGUCUUAGUCCUGGGGGUGCUCUCAUGCACUGCGGAGGAGGAACCUGAAGCGAUAUCCAUGGGUUUCAUGCCAGGUUCAGGCAGACACCUCGCAUUCCCCACCUGGGGCACACUGCAUGUGCCUGGGGCCUGCUGGGAGCUGGCUGGUGCCUGCCUUGGUCUCACUUCCCCAGCAUCCUUCUGCCCCCAGCCUUUGUUCCAUGUGAAAGCCACCAUUUCAAACCCAGCAUUAAAACAUCCAGAAGUUGUUUUUCCCUUUAGCCAAAGCUUGGCAGACCCUCUUCUUGCUGCCCAUGUAUGGAAUCAGUAAACCCCCCCAUAUACACGCAAGUUGCUGAGCUCAGCCCCACAGGCUGCUGCACGGUGUGUUGAGGUGUGCGUCAGCCAGCAGGAUUUGAGCUGGGCAUGAGGAGCGCGUGGGCCCCUUUUCCAAGAGGAUUGCUUUGCAUUCUGAGGGCUUUAGCUGGGGAAAGUGUCCGUGUGAGCGCAUUACGGCUGCUGGGCUGGGAUCCGUGGGUCUAAGCAGUGGCCUGGCCUCCUCCCCAGCCUCCCCUCAGCCUCUCGCCUCCUGCCGUCUGCCGGCCAACUUGGCACGGAGGCCGAGGAGCGGCAGUAAUCCAAUUUGGGCCGUUUAACUGCACUUUGCUAUCCGCGCUGCUGGCCGGAGCUCGGGCACUUUAAUCUGGCUAAUGACCCCGGCUUUGGGGUUGAGUAACUGCCGACCAUUUGCUUGAUUUGCUUUUCCUUUCCAGCAGGGCAAGAGGCUGAGCUGGAGCUGGGCCUCCAUGCAGGUACCUGGGGGGCUGCGGGAUCUUCCCUUUUUCCAUCUGCUCUCCCUGUGCCCUGUGCAGAUAAACCCUUCUCUAUGUGGCCGCUCUGCGAUCCGCUAUUAUUUUCAGGAACGCAAAGCCAAAAAAAAUUAAAGUCUGUCUCUUCCUUUGGUUGCCUACUGCUUAAUGUACAAAAUACAGGGGCGGUAAUUGCAUGAAAAUUUGUAUAAUUAUACUGAAGGGGGGGGAAAAAAAAACCCAAAACCCAACAACCUUGUUAAUUGCACGGGUGCUGGGGAGCGGUCCGUGCGGGGUGAUUCAUGCUUAGGGCUGCGGCGUGUGAGGGGUUAGGAGGAGCCGUGCUGCUGUGUGAGCAGGAAGUCGGCUGCAUCCCCGCUCUGAGCCGGCUCCAGCCUCGCUCCAUCCCCGGCGUUUCUUCUCCCGGUUGUGUCCUGGGUCUGAUCCUCCGCGAUAUGGGGCCUCUGGCUGCCGUCCAGGCGAAUCUCCAAGCGUUGGUGUAAUCGUAGAAGCUCUGAGAGUCCCUUUGCUUUAUGUGCUUGGUUAAGCAACUGCCUUUGUGUCAAAAUAUUCAAGCCCUUGCAGAAGUAAAUCCCUUGUGAGAGGAGAGGCAGAUCCCGGUGCUCGGGGAAGGAGCUGCCUGGCUCUGUGCAGGCAACACCGCGCUGGGUGCUGCUGGGGCUGCAGAAAGGAUUCCACAGUGCCAUGCGAGUUUCCUCCAGCGAGUGCCGACCCUGUCGGAGCCGCCGAUAACAUCUAAGGGUUGACCAGACCGGCAGUGCCCAUGAUGCCCUGAAUGCUGAGCACAGCAGAAGCAGAGGAGGCUGUGUCCUGUUAGCUCCUCGUCCUUCCUCCUCACCCCCUUAGUUUGGAUUUGUUUCUAUUUAUUUUGUGGCUGGGUUUGGGCAUGGCCUUGGCCGGAUGUGACACUGCCGCGAUGCGGCUCCUUUGGCUCAAGCACCACUUGUCUGUCAACAUUUGGACCCUGCUGCUCUUGGGAAGCACCUGGCUACCGCUGGCGGAAGGCAGCCCUAAAUCUCCCUUUAGGACUUUCUCGGUUACAGACUGGAGCUUGACGCACCUGGUGGUCCAUAACAAAACCGGGGAGGUCUACGUAGGGGCCGUCAAUCGGAUCUACAAGCUCUCCAAUAACCUCACGCUCCUGCGGACGCACGUGACGGGGCCAGUAGAGGACAAUGAAAAGUGUUACCCUCCGCCCAGCGUUCAGUCCUGCCCGCACGGUCUGGUCACCACCAACAACGUGAACAAACUGCUGCUGGUGGACUACUCGGGGAACCGGCUGAUCGCCUGCGGCAGUGCCUCGCAGGGUAUCUGCCAGUUCCUGCGACUGGAUGAUCUCUUCAAGUUGGGUGAGCCCCACCACCGCAAGGAGCACUACCUCUCCAGUGUCAAUGAGUCGGGGACCAUGUCUGGGGUCAUCAUUGAGGUGCUAAACGGGCAGAACAAGCUCUUCAUUGGGACGCCCAUUGAUGGCAAGUCGGAGUACUUCCCCACGCUCUCCAGCCGCAAGCUGAUGGCCAAUGAGGAGAAUGCGGAGAUGUUUGGCUUUGUCUACCAGGAUGAGUUUGUCUCGUCCCAGCUUAAGAUCCCCUCGGACACGCUCUCCAAGUUCCCCACCUUUGACAUCUACUACAUCUACAGCUUCAGCAGUGAGCAGUUUGUGUACUACCUGACCUUGCAGCUGGACACCCAGCUCACCUCACCCGACUCCACUGGUGAGCAGUUUUUCACCUCCAAGAUCGUCCGCCUCUGCGUGGAUGACCCCAAGUUCUACUCCUACGUGGAGUUCCCCAUCGGCUGUGUGCAGGAUGGCAUUGAGUACCGCCUGAUCCAGGACGCUUACCUGACCAAGCCCGGCAAGGCUUUGGCCAAGUACCUGGGCAUCUCGGAGCGGGAGGAUAUCCUCUUCACCAUCUUCUCCCAGGGCCAGAAAAACAGAGUUAAGCCUCCCAAGGAGUCUGUGCUCUGCCUCUUCACGUUGAAGAAGAUCAAGGAUAAGAUCAAGGAACGUAUUCAGUCAUGCUACAGAGGGGAAGGGAAGCUCUCUCUGCCCUGGCUCUUGAAUAAGGAGCUGGGCUGCAUCAACUCGCCACUGCAGAUCGAUGACAACUUCUGUGGCCAGGAUUUUAACCAGCCACUUGGCGGAACCGUCACGAUCGAGGGGACUCCACUUUUUGUGGAUAAAGAGGAUGGGAUGACGUCGGUGGCUGCCUAUGACUACAGAGGACAAACUGUUGUGUUUGCAGGCACAAGGAGUGGGAAGAUCAAAAAGAUCCUGGUGGACUUGCCGGCUGAUAGGAAGCACCAAGCGCUGCAGUAUGAGAACGUGGUGGCCCACGAGGGCAGCUCCAUCCUGCGGGACCUGGUGCUGAGCCCUGACCGCCAGCACCUCUAUGCCAUGACUGAGAAGCAGGUGACGCGGGUGCCGGUAGAAAGCUGUGAGCAGUAUGAGAGCUGUGAGCUGUGCCUGGGCUCCCGGGACCCCCACUGUGGCUGGUGUGUCCUCCACAAUGUAUGCUCACGCAAGGACCGCUGUGAACGGGCAGAUGAGCCCCAGCGUUUUGCCUCCGAGCUGCGGCAGUGCGUGCAGCUCACCGUGCAGCCCAGGAACAUCUCAGUCACCAUGUCCGAGGUCCCGCUGGUCCUGCAGGCCUGGAACGUCCCGGACCUCUCAGCAGGAGUCAACUGCUCCUUUGAAGACUUCACUGAGUCCGAGAGCCGCAUUGAAGAUGGAAAGAUCUACUGCAGCUCUCCCUCUGCCAGGGACGUCAUCCCCAUCACCAGGGGCCGUGGAGAUAAGCGGGUGGUGAAACUCUACCUGAAAUCUAAGGAGACCGGGAAGAAGUUUGCCUCUGUGGAUUUUGUUUUCUAUAACUGCAGCGUCCAUCAAUCCUGCCUGUCUUGCGUGAACGGCUCCUUCCCCUGCCACUGGUGCAAGUACCGCCACAUCUGCACCCACAACGCCGCCGACUGCUCCUUCCUGGAGGGACGCGUCAAGCUUUCCGAGGACUGCCCACAGAUCCUACCCUCCACGCAAAUCUACAUCCCAGUGGGUGUGGUGAAGCCCAUCACCCUGACAGCCAAGAACCUGCCGCAGCCACAGUCCGGCCAGCGCAACUAUGAGUGCAUCUUCCACAUCCCUGGCAGCACCACCCGUGUCACAGCUCUGCGCUUCAACAGCACCAGCAUCCAGUGCCAGAACACCUCGUACUUCUACGAAGGGAAUGACAUCAGCGAUCUGCCGGUCAACUUAUCCGUGGUCUGGAAUGGAAACUUUGUCAUCGACAACCCCCAGAACAUCCAGGCCCACCUGUACAAGUGCUCAGCCCUGCGGGAGAGCUGUGGGCUGUGCCUGAAGGCUGACCCACGCUUUGAGUGUGGCUGGUGCGUGUCGGAGAAGCGCUGCACUCUGCGGCAGCACUGCCUGGCCUACGAGAGCAGCUGGAUGCACGCCGGCAGUGGUAACAGCCGCUGCACCGACCCCAAGAUCACCAAGCUGUCACCUGAGACCGGCCCCAGGCAAGGAGGGACACGUCUGACCAUCACGGGGGAGAACCUGGGCCUCAAGUUUGAAGACGUGCGCUGGGGUGUUCGAGUGGGCAAAGUGAUGUGCAUCCCUAUCGAGAGCGAGUACAUCAGCGCUGAGCAGAUUGUGUGUGAAAUUGGAGAUGCCAGCCCAAGCAAGGUCCACGAUGCACGGGUUGAAGUGUGCAUCCGGGACUGCUCCCCCAACUACAGGGCCACCUCGCCCAAGAGCUUCACCUUCGUGACACCCACUUUCUCCCGAGUGACCCCUGCCCGCGGCCCUCUCUCCGGUGGCACCUGGAUUGCCAUUGAAGGAAGCCACCUGAAUGCUGGCAGCAACGUCACCGUCACCAUCGGGGGACGGCCCUGUGCCUUUUCAGGGAGAAGUGCCCGUGAGAUCCGCUGCAGGACCCCCCCUGGCCAUGCUCCUGGUGGGUCCCCCAUCCUCAUCAGCAUCAACCGGGCAGAGCUGAGCAACCCGGAGGUGAAGUACAACUACACAGAGGACCCUACUAUCCAAAAGAUUGAUCCUGAGUGGAGCAUCAACAGUGGUGGGACACUGCUGACUGUGACUGGCACCAACCUGGCCACCAUCAAAGAGCCCAAGAUCCGAGCCAAGUACUGCAGCUCUGAAAGGGAGAAUAACUGCACAGUGUACAAUGACACCACCAUGGUGUGCUAUGCACCCUCCAUUGACAACCCCGAGCGGAGCCCUCCUGAGGUCGGUGACCGGCCGGACGAGAUCGGGUUCAUCAUGGAUAAUGUCCAGGCCUUGCUGAUCAUCAACACCACCAACUUUGUAUACUACCCAGACCCCGUCUUUGAGCCGCUCAGCCCCACGGGGAUGCUAGAGCUGAAGCCCAGCUCUCCCCUCAUCCUCAAGGGCAGAAACCUGCUCCCUCCGGCUGCAGGGAACUCCCGCCUGAACUACACAGUGCUGAUUGGGGACACUCCCUGCACUCUGACUGUGUCUGAGACCCAACUGCUCUGUGAGUCUCCUAACCUCACCGGCCAGCAUAAAGUCACGAUUAAGGCUGGAGGGUUUGAGUUCUCCCCAGGCACGCUGCAGAUCUACUCGGACAGCUUGCUCACCCUGCCUGCCAUCAUUGGGAUUGGUGGUGGUGGUGGCUUGCUGCUGCUCAUCAUCAUCAUCGUCCUCAUCGCCUACAAGCGCAAGUCCCGCGAUGCUGACCGCACCCUGAAACGCCUCCAGCUGCAGAUGGACAACCUGGAGUCCCGGGUGGCCCUGGAGUGCAAAGAGGCCUUUGCUGAGCUGCAGACGGACAUUAACGAACUGACUAAUGACCUGGAUGGGGCCGGCAUCCCGUUCCUGGAUUACCGCACUUAUGCCAUGCGGGUUCUGUUCCCUGGGAUAGAAGACCACCCGGUGCUGAAAGAGAUGGAGGUCCAGGCAAAUGUGGAGAAGUCACUGACCCUCUUUGGGCAGCUCCUGAACAAGAAGCACUUCCUGCUGACCUUCAUCCGCACGCUGGAGGCUCAGCGGAGCUUUUCCAUGCGAGACCGCGGCAAUGUGGCCUCGCUUAUCAUGACAGCACUGCAGGGUGAGAUGGAGUAUGCCACGGGUGUUCUGAAGCAGCUUCUCUCCGACCUCAUCGAGAAGAAUCUGGAGAGUAAGAACCAUCCCAAGCUGCUCCUGCGGAGAACGGAGUCAGUUGCAGAGAAGAUGCUGACAAAUUGGUUCACAUUUCUGCUGUACAAGUUUCUGAAGGAAUGUGCUGGGGAGCCACUCUUCAUGCUGUACUGUGCCAUCAAGCAGCAGAUGGAGAAGGGACCCAUUGAUGCCAUCACAGGAGAGGCUCGCUACUCCCUCAGUGAAGACAAGCUUAUCCGGCAGCAGAUUGACUACAAAAUGCUGACCCUCAACUGUGUGAACCCUGAGAACGAGAAUGCGCCAGAGAUUCCUGUCAAGGUGCUGAACUGUGACACCAUCACACAGGUGAAAGAGAAGCUGCUGGAUGCUGUCUACAAAGGAGUGCCCUAUUCCCAGCGUCCCAAAGCUGGAGACAUGGACCUUGACCUUGCUCCUCUGCUCUGCUUGGCUUUGUCCUCCAAGCUGCCUGCUAACCAUGAGCCCUUCUCCCUCACUGGGACAGAGUGGCGGCAGGGCAGGAUGGCCCGGAUCAUACUGCAGGAUGAAGAUGUCACCACAAAGAUUGACAAUGACUGGAAGAGGCUAAACACCCUGGCCCACUACCAGGUGACGGAUGGCUCCUCAGUAGCCCUGGUACCCAAGCAGAACUCAGCGUACAACAUCUCCAACUCCUCAACCUUCACCAAGUCCCUCAGCAGAUAUGAGAGCAUGCUGCGGACAGCCAGCAGCCCCGACAGCCUGCGCUCACGCACCCCCAUGAUCACCCCAGACCUGGAGAGUGGCACCAAGCUUUGGCACCUGGUAAAAAACCACGACCACAUGGACCAGCGGGAGGGUGACCGGGGCAGCAAGAUGGUCUCUGAGAUCUACCUGACCCGCCUGCUAGCCACCAAGGGCACUCUGCAGAAAUUUGUGGAUGAUCUGUUUGAGACUAUCUUCAGCACAGCACAUCGUGGGAGCGCGCUGCCCCUCGCCAUCAAAUACAUGUUUGAUUUCCUGGAUGAGCAAGCUGAUAAGCACCAGAUCAAUGAUUAUGAUGUCAGGCACACCUGGAAGAGUAACUGUCUACCUCUGCGUUUUUGGGUGAAUGUGAUUAAGAACCCCCAGUUUGUGUUCGACAUUCACAAGAACAGUAUUACUGAUGCCUGCCUAUCCGUGGUGGCUCAGACAUUCAUGGACUCCUGCUCAACUUCUGAGCACAAAUUAGGAAAAGACUCUCCCUCCAACAAACUACUGUAUGCCAAGGACAUCCCCAACUACAAGAGCUGGGUAGAAAGAUAUUAUGCAGAUAUUGCUAAAAUGCCAGCAAUUAGUGACCAGGACAUGAGCGCCUACCUGGCAGAGCAGUCACGGUUACACCUCAGCCAGUUCAACAGCAUGAGUGCGCUGCACGAGAUCUACUCCUACAUCACCAAGUAUAAGGAUGAGAUUUUAGCCGCGUUAGAGAAGGACGAGCAGGCCAGGAGGCAGCGGCUGAGGAGUAAGCUGGAGCAGGCAAUUGACACAAUGGCCUUAAGCAGCUGAAGAGGCGGCACGGUGCCAGCUUCCCGAGCAGCGACGCGGCGGGAGGAGGCAGGCAGGACACUUCGAGGCUGGGGCUGGACGUGCCCACGGGUGCCUCCGCACACUUCCCACAAAUGAACAAGGAAAACCUCGCGUGCGAGCGGAAAACAAAAUCCCGACGACAGCAGCAACAUGGAUAAACCCCUCUACGCACACCCCGAUGCAACCGGGACACAGCAGAGACCUUGCAAAGGGGCCAUGCGGGGUGGUGGAGGAGGGAGAGCCGUGUGCCCCAUGGACCCGCUGGGACCCCCCGGGCCAGGCAGAGCCCCUGAGCCCACUGGGAAGGAGGGUCGGGACCGUGGGGCUUUUUAGGACGGCAUUUGGAUGUUGUUACUUUGGUGGAGGGAGGGGGGUGGGCUCCUGUUUGUACUGUACUUGACUUGCUCUCCCCUCCUUGCCCCCUGGCUGUCUGCCCCCCUCUCCUCCUCCCUCUGUUUCUUUUUCUGUCUCUUUCCCCCCCUUCUCUCUCUCUGGCCUUCUGCCACUAGUGUUAACUGCUAUAUUUGCACAAUUUACACGAGACAAAAUUUUUAAUUUAAAGAAAAAAAAUAAAAAGUAUAACAAAGAAUGGGAGGGGAAAAAAAAAAAAAGAGGAUUCUAAAUUUUGCAACUCAUGAAAAACGGUUUUAAAAAAUAAGCUAAAGGACUGAUGCUGGGGAGAUUUGGUGGUGGGGGCAGCAGGGGUGGGCAGGAAAGGGAGAAAUCCCUGAGCUUUGAUAUUUCUGAAAAUACGUCCUGUGCCAUGUUUUAUUUGAAUGUUGUUUAGUGCAAAAAAAAAAAAAAAAAAAGGAAAAAAAAAGAAAAAAAAGAUCAAAACAACAAAAAAAGUGGGAGUUUUGUUAGCUGAGUAGAUGCUCUUAUUUAAAUGCUGCUUGAGUGGUUCUGGAGGCUGUGAGUUGGCUGAGGGAAGUCAGAGAGGAGGGUCGGUAUUCCUUUCCCUGGGGGAUGGCUGGGGGAUGCGUUUAGGGUUCAUCCUUGCAGAGGGGAGGAUGGCAAUGACAGGGGACCUGGAGAGCCAGCCUGGUACUUUGGCUUUUAUCCAUUGCCUUCUUGCUGGCCACCCACAGCACCAGUCAGUUGGUUUCAGGUUCGGCUCCUUGGAGGGAGAAGGCAGGGACAGGACUGACAAUUAUGACUGCAUGGUUAAAAACUUUUCCUUUUGCUGUUUUACUUUUUUUAAGGGGGGGUGUGGGGAGGGACAGGAUUCCUGCCAUUUUAUUGUGCUGACAUAGGGAUCCCAAGGUUGGAUCAUUACCUUUUCCCCCUUGCUUCGUGCUAUGCUUGUGGCUGGAGCUGGGCACCAGCCCAUGGAGGGACCGAACUGGGACUGUCCUCUGUUCCCCUGCCCCGGGCAGCCCAGGCUUGUGCAGGGAUUCCCACUCCACAUCUACCUUCCUCUCUCUCUCUUUUCCUUCUUUCUCCCCCUUUCUCUCCUUGCUGUCACCCCAUCUCCCCUCCACUCCAUCCACCCUUCCCAUGGGUUGUGCCUGCUGGCAUUUCAUGGGGAGACCCCCUUCCAAACGUCAGAUCUGCACGGUUUUCUACUUUCCUGAACAAAAAGAAAAAGGUGCCGAAUGCUGCCUGGAGUUGCAGCAGGUGACCAAAACUUUCAAAAAACUGAGCAAAUACAUUUCCUUUUCUGUCCCAAGCUCCUGCUGCUCCCUGGGCUGAGCGGAGGGGAUCGUGCUCUGCCAGAAGUGGUGACAGCAGAAGUCCAAGUGGACAGGAGCCCUCUGGUUUCUGCCCAUUCCCAUAAACUGCAAGUUAGGGGGGGGGGAGAGGGGAGAAAUAAUGAAGUUUUUAAUUAAAAAAAAAAAAUAAAAGUGUGUAUAUAUAUAUAUGUGGUUACAAUCUAAUUCUCGUGCCCCAGUGGGGUGCUGUAUAGUUAACUGAAGGAGAAUCAAACCGAUAUAAAUAUGAAAUAAAUUUACACAGCCAGUUAAAAAAAAAAAAAAAAAAAGGAUACCAAAUGGUCUGGAAGAAAUUUCCAAGCAUUUCUCACCAUGCAGAACAAUCGUUUCAAGCCUGCACAUCUCUCAUUAUGUUGUGAUUUUGUUUGGUUUGGUUUUGUUUUAAUAAAGAGGGGAAGGAGAAGACGCUGAUUGAAAAAAAGAAAAUGAGAACAAAAAAACCAACCACCACAACAGAAGUGUUCUAAAAAGAAGUAAUAAUUGUUUCCCAAACCUGGGAACCCCAAGCUGAUAUCUGAGAGCUGUGGGCUGUUGCAUGACUGUGCUAGAUUUUAGUCUGAGUUGAUCUUUUUAAGAAACAGAAAAAAAAACAAAAGCAUAAAAAAACUGCAAGUGUUGAAUCCUAGAGGUUUGUUUAAAUCUUUUAUCUAUUUUAUUUUAUUUUUAUUUGAAAUUAAUUUGUCACUUUCUUGUCCAGAAGAAAGAAAAAAAAAUAAGACUUCAGUGGUUGACAUUUCCAGUGUGGUACUCGGAGAGCCUUAAAGGACAGCUGUGUGCCAGGAGCCUCGGUGGGACAGAACCCUCGUGGGGGUCCCCAAAUGGCACAGCUCAUGGGGGCCAGCUUGGUGGGAGCUCCAGCAGUGCCACAGUUGGGUUUGAUGCAGGUGUGGUGUGAGGUCAGCCCGAGGUUCUGGCAUCUCUGUGGCAGCCCCUGCGAUCCUCUGGUCCCACUGCUGCGGUAAGAGCGUCUGAGGAAUCUUUGGUGGCUUUUGGUGGAGCUGAGCACGUGGUGUUUUGGUGAUGGUUUGGAGAUGGUGGUACUCUCGCUGUUGCUGGUUGGAGAGGAUGGAGGCUUUUGUCUGAGCCUUCUCCUGAAAUUUUCUGGAAGUAUUGGCGAAAGCAGAGGCUCAGCAGGCUGCUGCAAUGCUGCAGCACAUCCUUGGCUAUGCUGGGUAGCCAUGUUGGAUGGCUCUCAUGGCCCUGGUGGUCCUGGGGUGGUCAGCAGGGAAGUCUCUGGAGGGCUGUGCUAGGCAGGGUAGUAGUGUCACAGCGUUGCUGGGCUCUCAGGGCUCCUCUUGGCUUCUUCUGCCUCCACUGCUAGGCUCUUCUCAACCUAUCCUGCGUCCCCUAUCCCAUGCAAUGAGGAGAGUCCACAGUGCGGUCCUGGGGAUAGGCUGAUGUCUUCCUCCUGAGGGGGCUUUGGGGCUUUGCUCCACCCAAGGAUCCCUCUGGGGUCCCCUUGCUGCUGGUCCCAGGUGCCUCCAUGGCAGAUGGUUGCGUAUGGGGGAUGUGUUGCAGUGCAGCCUGCAGCCCCUGCUGCUCCUUGGUGCUACCUUUGCCUUUCGCCUGAUGCCCAGUGUCCUUAAUCCUGCAGGCAGCCUGUUACCCCUGCCUGGGGGAGAGGCUGGGAGGCAUCACAGGAUGUCCCAUAUCAGUGACGCUACACGUGCCCCCAUCUUGCGUUUUGGGGAUGGAGCAUGGAGGAGGCCAAACCCCACCAGCUGCCUGCCCCUGCUGCCUUUUCAGUGCAAGGUUCCCAAAAACACAGCCUGGCUUGGAUGCCCCAAGGCCCCUUAUCCCCAUCCUGUGCCUCAGGGUGGGGAGCAGGGAGUGACCUCCAGGCUCAUCCUGCCCCAAAGCGCACAAUGAGCUGUCCUUUAAGAAAGCGGGGGCGGGAACUAAUGCAAAGCUGAUGAAAGGCAGAGAGUUUUAAUAGUUUUAAAAAAUUAAAUGGGGAGGAAAAAAAAUAAAUAAAUGAGAAUCCGGAGUCCUUGAUUAACUUUCUGUGAUGAUUGUUUCAGACUUGAAGCAACAGGCCGGCGUGGCUGGCCGCACACCCUUUGAUCGUGUAAAUAUCCUGCUAUUUCCUAUUUUAAUGUUCUUCAGAUUUAGUACUUGUAAAUAAACACACGCAUCAAGGAGA